ACCAGAGCCUGGGGGAACGCACACUAAAAGACUGUGCACUCAUUGUAUUUCCUGUUGCAUACAUCCACUCUUUGCUGCUCCUCAUUUAAAAGAGAAAAAUCCAUUCAUUUUGUACCCAGCUCCUCCUCCCGCAGACCCACACUCCAUUUAUUGCCAGGAAGCGCUAAUGAAAGCGGCUCGUGCUUCUCAGAAACCUUCUUUGACAAGAUCACUCUCAACCUCGGCCAAGUGCAAAGUCUCUCCUUGGUUUCCCUGGGAGCAACAGGCACUCAGGAGCUUGCUGGAUCAGUUCCUCGGUGGUUUUAGCAUCACUAAGAGUGUCCCAGUGAAAGCGCUGCACAUGAGCAGAAAAAUGAUGCUUGUAUUUAAAGUUUGUGCAGAACAAGUGAAAUCUUGACCAUAGGAAUACACAAACCUUCUCCCUAACCCAAGGCUAAGCUCCUGAUGACCUGGUGGGGUCAGACUCUUGCUUCAUCCUCACAAACCUGGGAGCAAGUCAGAAGUGCAGAGAUUUAGGUGACAAAGCGCAGAACAACCUCACACAAACUCUUGUUGCUGCCUGUAAGAAUCAUAAGAAGCAAUCUGGGCAUUUUGGGGGCAAUAAGAAGAGGUGGCUGAGAAAGCAUCACAUUUCUAAACAUUCACCAGUUUAGGUUCCUUGUACCACUUCAGAUCCCACCGUGUGUCUGCUGUCAGCCUUUAACACUAGCUUAAUACAAGGCUUGCACAAAUAACCUGCUUACUUAUCCCUCUCCCAGGCUGUACGCCCUUAGUGCCAACAAAGAUCAUACAAAGUGAGUCUUUUCUUAAGGAUUUCUUAUACAUACACAUAUCUUCCCACGGGUUAGAUAUAAAGAGAUUCAGUGUUAAUUUUAAUGGGCUGCCACCUUUCUCUUACAGUGCAAACCACCAGAGCCUUCUCUGUGUAACUGAGGGAAGGCUUUGGCUCAUGUUGGCUCUAUGUUUUAAGCACUGAAUUUCCUUGUUCUAUUGCUGCCCUGGGGACCACUGAACAUCACUUACAUGACAGAGCCAGGCUGCAGACAUACCUAAAUCAUAGCCUUAGCCAGUUCCUCCUAAAAGCAUUCCACCUCUUUCCUGUGAUUGAAUGAUGCUGUUAUAAUGGGGAUGGUCAGCAGCUGAUACAUUUGCUUAUCUACAUAGAAAGCUUGUCUGGUUUCUUUUAGUUUAGUAUUAACUUGCCUAAUAGAAGAAAACACUCCUAGAAAGCCUGCACUUUAGUGUAUAUAUAUAUAACAUACCCAUGUACUUCUCACUCUGCUGUAUGCAGCUGGAGCACCUAUCUGUGGCAGGCAGCUUUGCCCAAAGUACUGCUCCAGCAUACACUAGUUCUACUUUGAUCUCCUUACAAAAAAUAACUGUCUUUGGAAAAUUCCAGCCAUAGGGGCUUUAUUUCCUCUUUUUCUUCCUUUUCCCAAAGAUGUCUCCUUAUGUGUGUAAGCUGCAAUGGGGAAUAAGUGCUUGGCCUUCAGCAGCUUUGGAAAAUGCUGGCCCUAGAGAGGAUGCUGGGGAGGAUAUUUCUGGGAUGCUCUGAAUUAAUUUCUUUCUGCUGCAGGCUCUUGUUUGCUCUUUAUUUGGCCCUUCACAUCAUCACCAGCAUCCUUGAUGCUAACACAAUGGGACAUGAAGUUUCCAUGAGGCAAUGGGAUGGCAAUGGGCUUGUACAUAUCUUGCUAGAGAGGCAACACCAGAAAACACUUGUCUCACACCGCAUCCCAUAUGUGGAUCAGAAUGGGCAAACCUUCUUAUAUCCUGCAGCCUGGCAGGAACACAGGGAGCCGGCAGUUAUCCUGGUCAACACCUGAGACUGGGGAUUAAAAGCUAUUAGAGGAAACUGUCAACAGUGAACAACUGCUUUCACUGCUGCUGUUUAGUCUUUUGAUAGAUAGAUGGAUAGAUAAGACAGACAGAUGGAUAAAGAACAAGAUCUACUUCAUUCCUGCCACAGAUUUACACAUUUGAGAGCCCCAAAGAGCGUGGUUUAUCCCAAGAAAAAAGGAGCACCACCUCUUGAUAUCAUAUGAAGGCCAGUGCAGACAGUUGCACACACAGAGAGGUAUUUUCCCUGUUACUGGGACGUCAGGAUAAAGCACCAGGAAAAAAAGAUAAACAUCAAAUUGCUUUUAGUGCAGACAUCUGGUAGCAAUAGUGGGGCCAUGCAUUCACGAGCACCAUCUACUGGUACACUGUCCAUAAACCAGUGACAUACACACAGAUGGAGAGCACCCUGCAACAGCUACUCAGGUAAGAGCAUAGAGCUCCAGGCCAGCUCUGUGUAUAGCAUUUAUAAGCUCCCAAUCAGCCCUCACAGCUGGGAUCUGGGGGCAAACUGCUUGGAGAGCAAAGGGUGAAAGGGUUUCCAGGUCCCAGCCGUGUGCUGAUGCAUCCCCUCCCACAGGCGAGCCGCAGCCGGUGGGUCCCUCCCAAUGCUGCAGUGCAAAACACGUCAGGAGUUCAGCUUCGGGCCCCGGGCUCUGAAGGAUGCGCUGAUCUCCACCAACCCAGCCCUGCAGGAGCUCUAUGCCAAGGCUUUCUCCAGGGCGGAGAAGCUGUUCCUCUCUGAAGCCUACAACCCACAGAGGACGCUCUUCUGCACGCUGCUCAUCCGGACGGCUUUUUGACUGGCUCCUCAGCACCCUGAUGCUGAGGACUUUGAGACGUUCUAUCAUGCCAUGCUGAGGAGGAAGCAGAACCUUUGUCGGAAGCACAUUUACCUGCAACCUAUAGACUUAACUGAAGGGCCUGCUGGGCUCUCACUGUUGGAUUCCCUUCAGAGCUGUGUUGAGUCUUUCUUCCUGGGUCUCCGUGUGAAGUGCCUUCCCUCCAUCCCCAUCUCUUCCAUUCACUGCUGCUACCGCCACAGCCGGGACUCAGACAGAGUGCAGCUUCACGCAGAUGGGAUCUUGAAUUUCCUGAAGAACAACAAGCCUAUGGAUGCCUUGUGUGUCCUUGGACUCACUCUGCUAGACCUUUACCCAUGUGAGACCUGGAGCUUCACAUUCAGCAAAUUCCUGCCAGGACAAGAGGUGGGAGUCUGCAGCUUUGCCAGGUUCUCUGGGGAUUUCUCCCAGGCUGGCUGCAGCAGCUGGAACCCACUGACACAGAAGGAGCAGCCGUGCCAGGCCAGCAAGGAAAGCAGAGAGCGGACACUGCCGCUCAGCGCCCAGGAGAUGGUCCAGUGCUGUAAGGUGACCUGCCAUGAGAUCUGCCACCUGAUGGGGCUGGGGACCUGCCGCUGGCUGCAGUGCAUCAUGCAGGGUGCACUGAGCCUGGAUGAAGCCCUGCUGCGGCCCCUGGAGCCGUGUCCCAUCUGCCUUCGCAAGCUGCAGCACGUCGUGGGCUUCAAACUCAUUGAGCGCUACCGGAAGCUCUAUGCUUGGACACAGACCGUACUGGCCACGUGGCCAAGGCAAGAGUCAGCAGACCUGUCUGCCUCGGAGGACAUCCUUCCCUUCAGCUCAGACUCUGGGAUGUGCUGUGAGAAUGACUCAGAGGCUGUGACCUCCUUGUCCGAGCCGCUGACCCCAGACACGUGCAGCCAGGCCCUCUCCAUCGGCCAGGACCUGGAGCAGGAUGAGCGCUCGUGUUCGCUGGCAGAGGCACACAGCCAACCCCAGCUCGCCGGGCACACCAAGUCCUCAGAUACCAUCAAAGAUUAUGAACUGUGGCUGGAGAUGUGCAUUGCUGCCCUGGAGAGGAAUGUCUCCGAGGAGGAACUGGCCCAAGUAGACAAGGCCGUGGAUGCCCUGGCUAAGUGGGAAAUGUUUACAGGACAACUGCCUGCUAUGAGGAAGGACCUACCCUUUGCUAGGGACAGCACUGGGCUACGGAAAGUUCUCGGAGACAAAUUCUCCUCCUUGCGGAGGAAACUGAGUUCCAGAAAACUGUCCAAAGGGGAAUCGUCCCCUCAGCGUUGGCGAUGGGAGGAAAACUAGGCUGGGUCUGCCUUUGGUUAGGCUUUGGUUACAUUACUGCCCUGCUUCUGACCUUUCCCAUCACAAGUUGUGGCAGUCAGAGAGAAGCAGGAGCUCCCCACAGGAAUAAAAGGUGUUUCUUUUUCUGAGAUUGCUAA